AGGUCUAGGGCGUUGUAGCUGCUGCCAGAAAUAUCGAUGAGCCUUUACCCUCGGGUUUAGGACAGGAGCUCUUUCUAGGGCAAAUACAAAGAACGUGUUUCUUCCUACAAAUUAGUGGCAUCCUUACGCCGUCUGGAUUCAGCUGGUAAAGUAACUCAAGCCUUGUCCUUGACUGCAGGGGUGGGCGGGGUGGACGGCUCGGUGUUCUGCCCAUUGUGCCUGGCGUUCAGGGUGCUGGUCUACGCAGGCCUGGACAGUCCUGGUGAGGAAAGGGAGCCGAGCGGAGGAGGAGGAGAUGGCGUCCCAGCCGCCACCUCCCCCGAAACCUUGGGAGACCCGCCGAAUUCCGGGGACCGGACCGGGACCAGGACCCGGCCCCACUUUCCAAUCUGCUGAUUUGGGUCCUACUUUAAUGACAAGACCAGGACAACCAGCACUUACCAGAGUGCCCCCACCUGUUCUUCCAAGGCCAUCACAGCAGACAGGAAGUAGCAGUGUGAACACCUUCAGACCUGCUUACAGUUCAUUUUCUUCUGGAUAUGGUGCCUAUGGAAAUUCAUUUUAUGGAAGCUAUAGCCCUUAUAGUUAUGGAUAUAAUGGGCUGGGCUACAACCGCCUCCGUGUAGAUGAUCUUCCACCCAGUAGAUUUGUUCAGCAAGCUGAAGAAAGCAGCAGGGGUGCAUUUCAGUCCAUUGAAAGUAUUGUGCAUGCUUUUGCCUCUGUCAGUAUGAUGAUGGAUGCUACCUUUUCAGCUGUCUAUAACAGUUUCAGGGCUGUAUUGGAUGUAGCAAAUCACUUUUCCCGAUUGAAAAUACACUUUACAAAAGUGUUUUCAGCUUUUGCAUUAGUUAGGACUAUACGGUAUCUUUACAGACGGUUACAGUGGAUGUUAGGUUUAAGAAGAAGCUCUGAGAAUGAGGACCUCUGGGCAGAAAGUGAAGGAACUGUGGCAUACCUUGGUGCUGAGGACCAAGCAGCUAACUCAGCAAAAUCUUGGCCAAUAUUCUUGUUCUUUGCCGUUACUCUUGGUGGUCCUUACCUCAUUUGGAAAUUGUUGUCAACUCACAGUGACGAAGUAACAGACAGCAUCAACUGGGCAAGUGGUGAGGAUGACCAUGUAGUUGCCAGAGCAGAAUAUGAUUUUACUGCCGUAUCUGAAGAAGAAAUUUCUUUCCGGGCUGGUGAUAUGCUAAACUUAGCUCUCAAAGAACAACAACCCAAAGUGCGCGGUUGGCUUCUGGCUAGUCUUGAUGGCCAAACAACAGGACUUAUACCAGCGAAUUAUGUCAAAAUUCUUGGUAAAAGAAGAGGUAGGAAAACGGUGGAAUCAAGUAAAAUUUCCAAGCAGCAACAAUCUUUUAACAACUCAACACUAACUAAAGGAGCCACAGUUGCUGAUUCUUUGGAUGAACAGGAAUCUGCCUUUGAAUCUGUUUUUGUUGAAACUAAUAAGGUUCCAGUUGCACCUGAUUCAAGUGGGAAAGGUGGAGAAAAACAAGGUCUUUGAUAUCUUUCACGUUUGCUUGCAGUUGAACAAUACCUUAGAGUACUUUUUAAAAUUAUUUCUCACAAAGAAAUGAAUCUACAAUCCAAUGAAAACAUUUGUUAUUGGCUAUCACAGGUUGCUGCUAGAAAUUAUUAAAGUUAUACACUAGUAUGUUGGUCUGGUGACCUGUUUACAUUUUAUUAUACACGUUAUUGGACCAUGAGGACAUUUGUUUUACCUAGAUUUUAAGAUUAUGGAGACUGCUGUCAUUUUCAUCUUAUUUAAAUCUCUAGGUUUAUUGGAAGAGUAAGAUUGAUGAACUAUAGCAUGCACAAUUUGGUAUAAUAGGGAUCAUUAAUACUUUUAAAAGUUCUACAUUAAUUGACUUGGAAUCCUUAGAAAUGGGGUGAUAACCCAAAAGUAUGAGAACAGGCAAAAAGGUUAAUUUUUUUUUUUAAACUUUAAGUAAUCUCAGUAAUAAAAUUUUCUGAUCUAUAUUAUAUCUAGUGUUGGGUUUAUAUUUUCACCCAUAAACAACUGACACUAUUAAAUCUUUUAUUGUAUUUUUUAAAAGUUAAAAGCAUUCUAAAGGACAUGGUUCUAGAAUGAUAGAGUAUGUAGCCCUAAUAGUUUUCCCUCCUAGUAAAAAGUCUGAAAUUUAUCUUUCCUAUAAAUUGUUCCAUUUCUUCUAAGGAUCACUUAACUCUUUAUCUCUUUAAAAUAUGACUAGUUUUCAUACUGGGUGAAUCAGAAAUAUAUGAAAGGUAUACCUUCUUUUCCUACAACAAAAACUUGAGUUUUUUUGAGUUUGCACUUAAUGAUAUAGUCAGUUAUUGUAAUAAUUUUUAAUCUUUUUAUAGAUUUUCUGCUUCCACUUUGUGUGAUUUUUUUAAAUUCCAUAUUUAGUAUGCUCUGUAAAUAUUGAAAAUGUGUCACAUUGGAUACAUUUUUCUUUUACGUCUAAUUUUUACUACUGAGACUGACUUAUAGUCUCAGUGCUCAGCUGCCAUUUAGAAUACGAUAAUCCUCACACCUGUGAUCUUGGCACUUUGGGAGGCCAAGCCAGGUGGAUCACCUGAGGUCAGGAGUUUGAGACCAGCCUGGCCAACAUGUUGAAACCCUGUCUCUACUAAAAAUACAAAAAUUAACCAGGCGUGGUGGCGUGCAUCUGUAGUCCCAGCUACUCAGGAGGCUGAGGCAGGAGAAUCGCUUGAACCCAAGAGGCAGAGGUUGCAGUGAGCUGAGGUUACACCACUGUAUUCCAGCCUGGGUGACAGAGCGAGGCUCUGUCUCAAAAAAAAAAAAGGAUACGAUAAUGCUAUUUGACAUGUUUUUUUGUUUCAAAUGCAGUUAACUUUCAGUACACUGAAUAUUUUCCCAGAAAAUUAGAAAAUUCAUAUCCUUGCUAUGAACAUACUACAGAGUAAUAACUAUCAGGAAUACAGAUGUAUAAGAAUACAUUUAUAAAUAUUGUUAAAAACUUUGAACUGUUUGAUAAAAAUUGUGAUUUAGUAUUUUUAUCUUUCUCACAGACUAUGUUCAACAAAUAAGUAAUUCUCAAAUAGUUCUGACUAAAACAUACAGAAACCAAAUACACACCCAGCAUAGAAGAACUUUACUAAAGGCUUCUUGGAAAGCCUUUUGAAAUGACAGUUUUAUAACUAACAUAUUAUUUAAAAUAGAAAUCUAGACCCAGUACAGAAAAAUAAAUACUUUAUAGUAAAAUGUAUUUAUCUUUGGCCAGUUUUUCAACACCCAGGUAUUAGCCUUGAUGUUCAAGAGAUAAUGUUUCUGUAUAUUAUUUAUUAUUUGUGUUCUACAAUUAAAGAUUCUGCUUUGAUUUGUUAGAUGAUAAUUUAUAGAUAUUUUAUUCUCAAAUUUUUGAUAAAACAAAUUAUUAAAUUUGGGGUUGAGCUGUCUAAAUUGGAUGCUAGAAGUAAAAUCGAAGUGACCACUAUGAAAGAUGUAUAGGGAGAAGAGUACAGCACAGAGUGAGAAAACAGUGGCACUUUUGUAAGGGUGUCUAUUGUUUGGUUAAGUCUGCUAUAUUACAGUAUGCAUUAUCUAACUGGUAACUAUAUGUGUCUGAAAAUUCCUUUUGUAUUAAAAUUCUGGAGAAGGAAUUCAGGACUAGAAUAAAGAGAAAUUUUGUAACCUUUUCUAUCAUGACAGUUUUAGAGUAAUGUGUUUAGCUGAGAUUAAAUGUUCAAGGCUCCAAUAUUAUUUUUAGGAACUUAUUUAAGGAGUACUACUUUACAGAAAUUAACACAUCAAAACCUUUUUAAUAUAAUAAAUUAUAAGUUACAAUAAUAAAACGUUUCCUUUAAUUUUUCUGAUUAUAUUUUAUGAGUUCAGGAAGGAAAUGGUAAGAGAAUUGUACAUUUUCAUGUUUUAACAUUUUAUGUUCGUACUUGAUUCAGUCUGUCCAUGUGUCAUAAUUAUACAUUUACUUGAACACCACUAUCUUGGCUUUUUUUAAUGGAAAAAUGAACAGAAACCGAAUGCAGUUAAAGUUUUAUUUUUAGUAGUUGUGAAGUUACUUUUAUUGGAGAAAUAAAAAUAUGUUAAACUUGA